AUGGCAAUUGGCUUUUCCAUUGAAUAUUGCGCUCAUAUCACAUAUGCUUUUGUGAGUAAUCCAAACAAAGUGACACCAUUUGAACGUUGCAUUGAAGCAAUGGAAAAGUUAGCUUUCCCAAUUAUAUACGGCAGCAUGUCAACAAUAUUUGGUGUUACAAUUCUAGCAUUCAUCAAUUCUUAUAUGAUACUUGUAUUUUUUAAAACAAUUUUUCUAGUAAUUAUUAUUGGUGUCUUUCAUGCUCUUAUUUUAUUACCUAUUAUUUUAUCAAUAACUGCACCAAUGAUUGAUCAAAUUACUCAAAAAUUUUGUGGUUUAGUUGAAAAUUUGAAUGAAAAAGACACUCAUACUUCUAUUCCUGAAAUUGUCACUAAUAUUCAUUAA